AUGCAAUCUGAUCAGGAGGUUGAUGACCAAAUUUUAUCAAUAAAUGAUGAAAUAGCUAUAGGUAUUAACCAUAAACAUGUUAUUCAUAUUCUUCGUUCAGCAACAGCGACAAAUCAAGUUCAUUUUCAUGUUCAACAUUUUUUUCCACCUUUAUUAUCAAAUGAAUAUCAACAAUUAUUAUAUGAUGCAAGAUCGACUGAGGAUGAUGAUGAAGAUAUUCAUCAAGUUCUUAAUCAUAGUAUAAAUCGAAAGAAAAAUAAUUAUCAUAAUACAAAUGUAACAACAGAAAAUGAAGUUGAUGACCAAAUUUUAUCAAUAAAUGAUGAAAUAGCUAUAGGUAUUAACCAUAAACAUGUUAUUCAUAUUCUUCAUUCAGCAACAGCGACAAAUCAAGUUCGUUUUCAUGUUCAACAUUUUUUUCCACCUUUAUUAUCAAAUGAAUAUCAACAAUUAUUAUAUGAUGCAAGAUCGACUGAGGAUGAUGAUGAAAAUAUUCAUCAAGUUCUUAAUCAUAGUAUAAAUCGAAAGAAAAAUAAUUAUCAUAAUACAAAUGUAACAACAGAAAAUGAAGUUUGA